CGGAGACGCAACCUGGGCGGGUAUAUAAACCGGCCGCGUCCAAUUUGAGCCGCAUUGACUCACUGCUCGUCUUAAUCUCCCAAAAUGAAGGCUAUUCUUGCUCUGUGUCUCCUUGGCGCGGCCAGCGCUGCCGUCCUGCCCCUCACCUACACCGCCGGCACCUACCCCUUCGGCGGUGGUCUCCUUCCCUACAACGCUGGCGUGUUCCCCUUCUCGGCCGGCGUCGUCCCCUACACCUACGGCGUGCAGCCCAUCACCUACGUCGCCAAGCCUGUGACCACCCACGUCGUGCAGCCAGGUUACGUGGCCCAGACCAAGGGCAGCACCCACAUCGCCCCUCUGCCCUCCGGCCUCGGCUACGCCUCGCACCACAUCAACGUCGCUGACGCCCCCGGCACCCAGUAAGGACGCCCGACGACGACCUGUGGCCAAGCCUGUUCGUGCGGAGAGUCCUGCGAUGGAGAAUUCGACAGAGGAGUCCUACGAAGGAAGUCUCCAGGCGCGACGCGCUAAUGCCACUCGAUGACCCUUGUAAGCCACGGAACAAGAAUAUCCUCACUCAGAAAAUUGCCUUUAUAGAAUUUGUUGAGGAAGAGUAACUGUCUCUAUAUAUUUUUCAAAAUGUGAUUUACUUUGGUGAGGAUAAGGAGUUGUGAUUCAUUGGUGGACUUUUUUUAUGAAUAAAGAUGAAAAAGAU